AUGCAUCUCAUGUACACCUUGGACGCGGAGGGCAAGCGUGUUUACACGCUGAAGAAGGUCACCCCUGCCGGCGAAGUCACAAAGAGCGCCCACCCCGCUCGCUUCUCUCCCGACGACAAGUACUCCCGGCACCGUGUUACUCUGAAGAAGAGAUAUGGUCUCCUGCUUACCCAGCAGCCUGACAAGGAGGCUGCUCAGUUAUAA